AUGUUAGAUAGUUUCACAAUUUUAACAAAAGGUGGAAUUGUACUUUGGUCAAAAGAAUUUGCAAAGAUUAAAGGUUCUCCAAUUAAUUCAUUAAUUAAAAAAGUUUUAUUAGAGGAAAGAAGCGCAGAAACCUCUUUUCAAAUUGAUAGCUAUUCAUUAAAAUGGACAUUUUCAAACGAAUUUGAUUUAAUAUUUGUUGUUGUUUAUCAAAAAAUAUUUACAUUAUUAUAUAUUGAAGAAUUAUUAACAACAGUAAAGAAAAGAUUUAUUAAAAUGUAUAAAGAUUUAUUAUUAAAAUUAAAGGAAUCAUCAGAUUUUAUAAUAGUUGAUAAAUUUCAAGAAUUUAAUUUUGAAGUGAUUUUAGAAGAUGUUGAAAAUAGAUCAAAACUACAACAAACUUCAAAUUCAGCACCAAAGAAAUAUGAAGAUACAGAUAAAGGUAAACUAGUAAAAGAUCAAAAGAAUGAAAGGGCAAUUAAAGAAGGUAGAGUUGAAAAAGUUAAAAGAAAAGAACAAGAAAAGAAAGAAAAAGCAGAAAGAAGAAAACAAAAUAAAGCAAAUAAUAUAAACGAUAUUAGUAGUGAUGAUGAUAGUGAUGAUAGUGAUAGUAGUAGUGGUAGUGAUUCAGAAGAAAAUAGUAAUGGUGCAACUAAAAAUCAACAAACAGAUGUAGCAAGAAUUGAAAAUAGUGGCUAUAAAAAGAAAGUUAAAGAUACACCAGAUAAACAAGCAUCAUCAUCAACAGGAAAGAAAGCAAGAACUUGGGAAGAUGGAAAGUUGUCAAAAAAAGAAUUGGAGGCAUUAAAUAGAUCAGACAAUAGUAAUGGUACAGAGAUUGUUAGAGAAAAGAUUCAAAAGUUCAAUAUAGAUAUGGAUGUUUCAUCAUCAGACGACGAUGAUGAAGAAGAGGCUAAACCAGUUAGUGGAUUUAUGAAAUAUUUCAAUGUACUCACUGGUAAUCGUGUUAUUGACAAACAAGAUUUGGAGCCAAUUUUAGCAGACUUUAAAUUACAUUUAACAAAAAAGAACGUUGCACCAGACGUUGCCGAUAAGAUUGUUCAAUCGAUUGGCACAGGUUUAGAGGGCAAGAAAUUGGCUACAUUCCAAGGUGUAACAUCAGUGGUUAAACAACAAAUGGAAGAUACAAUCACAAGAAUCCUAACACCAAAGAGAAACAUCGAUAUCCUUAGAGAGGUACAAGCCGUUAAAGGUAAACGUCCAUAUAGCAUUGUUUUCAGUGGUGUAAAUGGUGUUGGUAAGAGUACAAAUUUGGCAAAGGUUUGCUAUUGGUUGACUGCAAAUGGUUACAAAUGUAUGUUGGCUGCAUGUGAUACUUUUAGAUCAGGUGCCAUUGAACAAUUGAAAACUCAUGCUGACCGUUUGAAUGUCCAUCUCUUUGAAAGAGGUUAUAGUAAAGAUGCCGCUUCAGUAGCCCAAGAUGCAAUUGCUUUCGCUAAAGAUACCGGCUAUGAUGUGGUUUUGAUCGAUACAACUGGUCGUAUGCAAAAUAAUGAACCAUUAAUGAAAGCACUCUCAAAAUUGGUCAAUCAAAACAAUGUCGAUUUGGUCUUAUUUGUAGGUGAAGCUUUAGUUGGUAAUGAUGGUGUUGAUCAAUUAACUAAAUUCGAUAAAUCCCUAUCCCUUUUAGCAAAUACAACUCAAACUCAUAUUCGUACAAUCGAUGGUAUCAUUCUCACUAAAUUUGAUACAAUUGACGAUAAAGUUGGUGCUGCCAUCUCAAUGGUUUAUUCAACUGGUCAUCCAAUCUUAUUUUUAGGUACUGGUCAAAAUUAUACAGAUUUAAAGAGAAUGAAUAUUAAAUCAGUUGUUAAAUCAUUAUUACAUUAA